GCAGCCGAGUGAUCUAAGUUAAUCCGUUGGUUUGGUCUCGGGGUCUAUUAACUUUCUGUAAUUCGACUCUAUCAAGAAUCAUUCAGACCAGCUCCCCAACCACCUAUUUUCUAUUUAUAACACAAACCACAAAAUGUUGGAAUGAAAGUUAAUUAUGGCAUGUAAGAUUGUUGUACUGUUUUUCUUUGUUAAUAUCCUACUGCAAGUAUCAAAAACAAGGGCAACUGUUCCAGCAAUUAUAGUUUUUGGAGAUUCUACGGUGGAUCCAGGGAACAACAACCAGGUACCUACAGUUCUAAAGAGCAAUUUUGAGCCGUAUGGCAGGGAUUACGAUGGAGGGAAGCCGACAGGACGUUUUUCUAAUGGAAGGAUUGCAACAGACUUCAUUUCUGAAGCCUUGGGGAUCAAGCCGUCCAUACCUGCAUAUCUGGAUCCAAACUAUGACAUAAAAGAUUUUGCUACCGGAGUCUCCUUUGCUUCAGCCGGGACUGGUUACGACAAUGCUACUUCCGAUGUGCUAUCUGUCAUACCAUUUUGGAUGGAACUGGAAAACUACAAAGAAUAUCAGGACAAACUAAGAAGACAUCUGGGCAAACAUGAAGCUAAUAAUCGUUUGACUGAAUCACUGUACCUGAUAAGCAUAGGUACCAAUGACUUUUUAGAGAACUUUUACAUCCUUCCGACCAGAUCUUCAGAGUAUUCAGUUGACCAGUAUCAGAGCUUUCUAAUAGGAAUUGCCAGCAAUUUCAUCAGAGAGCUCUACAGGCUCGGAGCUCGGAAGGUAGUCAUUGCUGGCCUUCCUCCAAUGGGUUGUUUACCAUUGGAAAGAACAACGAAUAUGUUCUUCGGAAGUGACUGCAUCAAUGAGUAUAACAACGUAGCUAAAGAUUUCAACAAGAAGUUAAAGGGUGCCAUCACAGAGCUGAACCAAGAACUUCAUGGAAUCCAUCUGGCUAUGUCAAACCCCUAUGAUAAGCUAAUGGAGAUGAUUCAGAAUCCAAGUCAUUUUGGAUUUGACAAUGCAGAAACAGCAUGCUGUGGGACUGGAUUCUUCGAGAUGAGCUACCUGUGUGAUAACAUGAACCCAUUUACAUGUUCAGAUGCCAACAAGUAUGUCUUCUGGGAUGCCUUUCACCCAACGGAGAAAACAAAUGCCAUUAUGGCCGAUUAUGUGGUCAAAACUACCCUAGCUGAGUUCUGAUAAUUACUAAAAGUAAACGAAGAAGCACUGCCUCAUUGUUGUAGGAGUAUUAACUAGAUAUGGUAUUAUUUCAGUAGCUAACUUAUUAUUGCCUUUUCAAAUACAUUCCAUGCGGCAAAAUAUAUCAAACAGUAAGUCAACUGAAAAAAUGCAUGUUAGAUGAAGACACAUAAGAACAAGUUUAAACUUUAAAUCAA